CGUCACACUCAGUAAAAGCAACUUUCCAAGUUUAUCUAGCUGGGCAAUCUAUUGUACAUAGCGCUGCAGCUGGAACCCCCGCUAAAUUUUCACUCACAGUAGAAGCAUGGACCUUGGUCCACCCUGCAGCACGCAAGUGCUUAACAACUUGUGCUGGAAUCAGGGAGAAGCAAACAGCACAUUCCUUAUCCGCCACCAAGCUUUGCCUUCCUUAGUUCAACGCACAUGAAAGAGGUUAUCCAAGUCCUGGAAGCACACGAAGACUAACACUGAGACACAGAACAGAGGCUUCAGUGACGUUCUGUUCCACAGUGCUCAAUGUUCAAGCACAACAACUUGCCUGUCAAUAUUGGAAAGCAAAACAUUGAUAUGCAAGCUCUUAUAUCAGGAACUGCUUCCACCUCAGAAGAUCAGUCUCGCCUGCCAGAGUUUCACAGCUGUGGAAGUUGUAUUGCCUAUUAACAGCAGAGCCGCUGAGCUUGCAUGCUCUGUUUGUCGAUUACUCAAGUUGAUUUACACCCAGUUUUUUGCUCCAUGAUAUGAAGUUUAGCGGAGCAAACCAGCAGGAUAUCUCAAGUCUAUGUGUUAGCAUGGCCUCUGAGGGAAUGGAUGCUUUGGGCCAGGGGAAAGUGACAUCCGCUUUGUCAGCUGGGAAUAAAAAUAGCCCAAAUGCUUCAAACGCCAGGAGACACUCAGCCAAGCAAGAAAGAGGUCUUACUUCAACACUGCCGAGCUUUACAGAGGUAGAAUACUACAAAUCUGAAUCAGAUAUUCUGCCAUUUUCAGUCAAAGUAGGAAUACCACACGACUGCCAGACAAGAGAGUUUUGGGGUGACAUUGACAACCUACACUGCUGCAGCUCAAUGCAAAGAGACAGUACAGGCAGCUUCUAUUGCAGCCAGCUGUGCCGGACAUGUGAUCCACUGGUAGAAGGGAGCAUUUGCUCAGAGACUCACAUUCUUACUGGACUGGAGAGCACUGCUGAACCCCUGCAAGAUGAGCUACCAUUGGGAAUGGAGAGCCUUUCCUCAGAGUUAGAUCAGUUUGUAGGGGAAAAGCCAGAGGAGAGCUGUGUGGAUGGAUCCAACAACCCAUUGGACUCCAACACCAACCAGAAAAGGGAGAAACAAUUGUCCUGUCUGUGUCGCAAGUUCAAAGCCAGCUCCACAGGACAGUGUUUACCAGUGCCAUUAGACUGUCCUGCUGUUCCAGAUGCUGACUUGACAGGUGUCUGUGGCUGUGAUCUUCUGGAAGUUACAAAAAGUUGCCCAAACCAAGAUAUGUUGCACAGUUGUGUUCAAUGGGUUAAAGAUGGGUACUCAACUCUGGAAAGACGUUGUAGGAAACACAAAACAAAGUGCUCUAGUGAUGGUAGCAGUUCUUUUCAGUUCCGAAUGGCUCAUAAGCCGGCCACAAGUCCACAAAAUAAUGAGGAUAACAGCGGGGAAGAGUGGCCAGAGGAUGAGUUUGUCCGAAACAAGAAGGAGCGCUCCACUCUACUAGUCAGGAGGUAUUAUAAAAAUAACCGUGAGGUGAAGAAAUCUGUUUACACAGGCACAAGAGCUAUAAUGAGGACACUGCCUUCAGGUCACAUAGGAGACGAAGCCUGGGAGUCUGUUUGCAAAAAAAGACAAAACGUCUUUGAGAAACACAUCAGGUCAGCGACUGAAAACAUCACAGUGCUUCAGGCUGGUGACUUGCGAUCGUCUGGGCUGCUCCAUUUGUUGGCCAAGUUUAAGGAUUAUGAGAUCCACGAUGCACUGAGAGGUGAAGAAGGGGAGGAAGCCCUUGAGAACCUGCUCCAUCCUUCCAGAAAGCUCCUGGUCUCAGCAGUAGCCUGCAGGAGAGGUGGAGGUUGCUGUCAUAUAAAGCCAUGUGUCCACCGUGUGCUGCCUAAGUACCGUGCCACUCUCCAAAGAACAUCCAUCUCUGACCACAUCACCGGGGCGCUGCUAGAGGCUACCACAUCCAUAGGAGCACGGAGUGGGCUGCUGAACCUCUUAGCAGGAUUCACUGGCAGAGCAAUGCUAAAAGAGUGUCAACUGGGCACAACGAUGGCUGGUUCAAACACUCUGCCCUUGAAUGUAGCUGGAAUCAAUAAGGAUCUGGCUGACCUGCGGCACCUCAUCCAGUUCCCUGAGGAGAUUGCCAGCAUUUUGACAGAGCAGGAGCAGCAGCUGUACCGCAGAGUCUUUCCACUCGAUUACCUCUGCUUCCUGACCAGGGACCUGGGCAGUCCGGACUGCCAGAACCAGCACCCUGUCCUUAAAACCUCUCUCUCUGCUCCUGCCUUCUCCAAAAAGCAUGGCAGCCACAACACCAUUGAGGACCUGGUCACACGCUUCAAUGAGGUCAGCUCCUGGGUGACCUGGCUGAUCCUGACUGCCGGCUCCAUGGAAGAGAAGCGGGAGGUCUUCUCCUACCUCAUCCACGUAGCCAAGUGCUGCUGGAACAUGGGCAACUACAAUGCUGUGAUGGAAUUCCUGGCUGGGCUCAGGUCUCGGAAGGUGCUGAAGAUGUGGCAGUUUAUGGACCAGUCUGAUAUUGAAACCAUGCGAAGCCUGAAGGAUGCCAUGGCUCAGCACGAAUCCUCUUCAGAGUACAGGAAGGUCGUGAACAGGGCUCUGAACAUCCCCGGCUGUAAAGUGGUGCCUUUCUGUGGAGUCUUUCUGAAGGAGCUCUGUGACGCUCUGGAUGGGGCUGCCAGCCUGAUGAAACUCCGUCCUUGUUUCAUCUCUCAGGAGGAAUCUGUUGAGUUUGUCACAGAUUACAAUGGGCAGGACAACUUCUUGCAGCGGGUUGGGAAGGAUGGUCUCCACAACACUGAGAAGGAGGCGACUGUCAGCAACAUCCUGCAGACCAUUCGCAGCUGCAACCGGAGCCUGGAGUCCGAGGAGGGGGACGAGACCGUCAGCGAAGGCUCUGGGUCACGCAAGAACUCCUUUAAGGACAGGAGCAAGAACCAUCCAACACCUUUCAGGACAACUUCUGAGUCAAACCCUGUAUUAUUCACAGUGGGAGACCUGUCUGAUUCCGAGGGAGACCUGUCUGAGCAAGCGAAGGAUUAUGACUUUCAAGGAACAGAAGAGCAGCAAAAAGCUUUCAGCCAUGGGACCGAACUUGUCCCCUGGUACGUCUUGUCUAUCAGGGCUGACGUCCACCAGUUCCUACUCCAAGGAGCCACAGUCAUUCAUUACGACCAGGAAGCCCACCUCUCGGCCCGCUGCUUCUUGAAGCUGCAGCCCGACAACUGUUUCUUGACUUGGUCAAAGCCGGUGAGCUGUGGCGGGGAGCUCAGUCAUUGCAAGCCCCAGUUCUUUGGACAAGUCACACUGAAUGGAUUGGCUGAUGGGUUCUUGGACUUGUCUGUGGUUAAGGCUGUUUACAUGGGCCACCCCGGAAUUGACAUGCAUGCUGUUUGUGUUCAGAAUAAACUGAGUGACAUGACCCCUGAAGAGAAUGGGGUGACACUGCUGCAUGGGCUCCAGACCACUGAUAACAAGUUGUUGCACUUUGUGGCUCCGAAGUACACUGCCAGAGUGCUUUAUGAUGGGCUGCUGGAGUUGGCUAAUGCUGUGAGGAAGAUGAAAAGGUUCCCUGACCAGAGGCUUCAGUGGCUAAGGAAGCAGUAUGUUUGCUUGUACCAGGAGGAGGGCAGGUAUGAAGGUCCAACGCUGGCUCAGGCGAUUGAGCUGUUUGGUGGCAGGCGGUGGAACGCAAGGAACACAAGCACAGGGUCUUUGAGCAAAGGCUCAGAGAAACCCAAUAUACAAAGAAUCAGCACAACCAAGAAGAAAAAAAAAAGACUUAUGAGGGGGGACAGUGGAGAUGCUACCGACGAUGAAAUGGUGAAAACAAAAAGCUGUGGCAGGAGUGGUUCUGAUCCUCUGGACUUCAGGGAGCAGGCUGAAUCAGAGGAGAAUACUGCAGUGGGUUUCCCUGGAUCCUAUCCCCAGCCGACAAGAAAAGCCAACUCCCUCACUACCACUGUCUCUCCUAGCAUUGCAGCCUCCACCAUCCCUGCCAGGCCUGCUUCUUCUCCUGUCUUGUCUGCUACUAAUAAGAGCCAGCCAUGCACCUGGAGCAGUCGCAGCUGGCAUGGUCAAGGGAAAGGAAGCUUAAAAGGCUUUCAGAACCUGAUGGUCUCCGACAGCAAUAUGAGCUUCACUGAAUUUGUGGAACUUUUUAAAUCUUUCAGCAUUCGAAGUCGGAAGGACCUGAAAGAGUUAUUUGAUACCUAUGCUGUGCCGUGCAAUCGCUCAGGUUCAGAGACUGCUCCACUCUACACAAACCUGACUAUUGAUGACAGCAUCACUGGGUUACAGCCUGACCUAGACCUCCUAACCCGUAAUGGAUCUGAUCUUGGCCUCUUCAUAAGAAGCAGACAACAGAUGUCUGAUAACCAAAGACAGAUCUCGGAUGCGAUCGCUGCUGCCAGCAUUGUGACCAAUGGAACUGGAGUUGAAAGUGCAUCGCUGGGAGUGCUGGGGAUCGCCAUCCAGCAGCUCAACGACUUCCUGGUGAACUGUCAAGGAGAGCAUCACACCUAUGAUGAAAUCCUCGGCAUAAUCCAGAAGUUUGAACCCUCUGUCAGCAUGCGCCAGCUGGGAUGGAUGUCUUUUGAGGGUUUUGCACGGUUUCUGAUGGACAAGGACAGCUUUGCCUCUAGAAAUGAAGAAUCUCAAGUGAAUGAGGAAGACCUGCAACACCCCCUUUCUUAUUAUUAUAUUGAAUCCUCACACAACACCUACCUCACUGGGCACCAGCUUAAAGGGGAGUCCUCUGUGGAGCUUUACAGUCAGGUGCUCUUGCAAGGCUGCAGGAGUGUUGAACUGGACUGCUGGGAUGGAGAUGAUGGGAUGCCCAUUAUCUAUCAUGGACACACACUCACUACAAAGAUCCCAUUCAAGGAUGUUGUGGAAGCUGUCAAUCGCAGUGCUUUUGUUAACUCAGACCUGCCUGUCAUCUUAUCAAUCGAGAAUCACUGUUCCCUGCCUCAGCAACGCAAGAUGGCAGAAGUCUUUAAGAGUGUGUUCGGGGAUAAACUGGUGACUAAAUUCUUAUUUGAGAGUGAUUUCUCAGACGAUCCACUGUUGCCAUCACCACAGCAACUAAAAGGAAGAAUUCUUCUCAAAAACAAGAAGCUAAAAGCACAUCAGGCUCCUGUUGAUAUUCUCAAACAAAAGGCCCAUCAGCUGGCACAUAUGCAGGCUCAAGCCAGUAAUGGCACUCCUGCAAGCAGCACAUCCGGAAAUAACGAAGAAGAUGAUGAUGAGGAAGAUGAAUACGAUUAUGACUAUGAGUCUCUGUCUGAUGCUGAUGUCCUUACUGCUUCUCCUGCUUCUAAUGGCCAGGAAGAUAACAUCCUUGAUGAUCGACCGGAGGGCAAGUCAUCCAACGAUAAAUUUCAGUUUGAAUACAGUGAAGAAACCCCCAAGAGAAUCAAGAAAGCAUACAGCACUGCUUGCAGCAAAGGAAAGAUUUUCGAUAUGGAACUCGGGGAAGAGUUUUGUCUUCCACAAAACAAGAAGGAAAGCAGACAGAUUGCUCAGGAGCUUUCAGACAUGAUAAUAUACUGCCAAGCUGUCAAAUUCCCAGGCCUUUCAACUCUCACUCCAUCUGGAUCUGGCAGAGGAAAAGAGAGAAAGAGCAGGAAGUCCAUCUUUGGAACCAAUCCUGGUAAAAUCCCUGGGGAAUCCAUGACAUUGGUCAGAGCAUCUGGAAAAGGUUCUUUUGACACCAUGCGGCUGAGUUGGGAGGAGCCGUCUUCACCCCAGUUUAACCCCAACACCUCUCUGAGCUCUAUCAUCCGGACGCCGAAGUGCUAUCACAUCUCCUCUGUGAAUGAGAACGCUGCCAAGCGCCUGUGCCGGAGGUAUUCUCAGAAGCUGAUUAAACACACCACCUGUCAGCUACUGAGAACCUACCCAGCCGCCACUCGCAUCGACUCCUCCAACCCAAACCCUGUCAUGUUCUGGCUUCAUGGCAUUCAAUUGGUGGCUCUUAAUUACCAAACAGAUGACCUCGCCAUGCACUUAAAUGCAGCAAUGUUCGAGGCAAAUGGGGGUUGUGGGUAUGUGCUGAAGCCACCAGUUCUGUGGGACAGGAACUGCCCAAUGUACCAGCAGUUCUCUCCAUUGGAGAGAGAAGUGGAGAGCAUGAACCCUUUAGUAUACUCACUCUCGAUUAUCUCUGGUCAGAAUGUGUGUCCCAGUAGCACGUCAGGCAGCCCAUGUGUUGAAAUUGACGUGAUGGGGAUGCCUGUGGACAGCUGCCACUUCCGGACCAAACCCACCCAUCGCAACACCCUGAACCCCAUGUGGAAUGAGCAGUUUCUCUUUCAUGUCUAUUUCGAGGACCUGGUUUACAUCCGCUUUGCUGUGGUCGAAAACAACAGCUCAACAAUCACUGCCCAAAGGAUAAUUCCCUUGAAGGCUCUAAAAAGAGGGUACAGGCACUUGCAACUGAGAAAUCUUCACAAUGAACCGCUGGAGAUCUCGAGUCUCUUCAUUUACAGCAGGGCAGAAGAAAAUCCCAAUGGAAACAAUGUACCUGCUUCAGUGGUGUUCAGCACGGAGGAGCGGCGAGCUGCAGCCCUGUACAAAGUGACGGUCCAUGGCGCCCCGGGUCCUGAACCCUUCACUGUCCUGUCUGUGAGCGAGAAGACCACAGCCAGACAGCUUCUUCACAAAUUACUCUCCUCAAAGAAGGGCUCAGUUUCAAAUAUCCUGAGCUACUUGUUGGUGGAAGAGAAAGUGUUUCUGUGGAAGGAGAAGAGCGAGUGCAAGAAGCAGCCGCUUCAGCGUGUCAUCGGGGCCGAGGAGGAGGUUGUAAAAAUCCUCAGCAGCUGGUUCCCAGAGGAAGGCUAUGUGAGAAGAAUCAGCCUCAAAACCAAAGAGGAAAAUGUCUAUCAGAGGAACUCCAUCACAGAGGUGGUAGAGGAAGCGAAUAUCAGCACAGAAGAGGACAGUUUCUUUGUUCAGGUCCACGAUGUUUCUCCAGAGCAGCCUCGCACAGUCAUCAAAGCACCUCGCUUCAGCACUGCACAGGACAUCAUCCAGCUGACACUAAGUAAAGCCAAGUACUCGUACAGCAUCCUGACCAAUCCCAACCCCAGUGACUACGUGCUUGUGGAGGAAGUCACAAAAGAGCCUGUAAACAAGAGAAUGUCAACCUCCAAGCUGUCCCAGCGCAUCCUCUGUGAUCAAGAAAGUGUCUAUCAAGCCCAGAGCAAGUGGAAGGGGGCAGGCAAGUUUAUCCUCAAGCUGAAAGAGCAAGUCCAGACCGCACGGGAUGAUAAGAGAAAAGGUAUUUCUUUUGCCAGUGAGCUCAAAAAAUUCACCAAAUCAGGCAAGCAGAGUCGGAACACAUCAGUGCCAGCCCAGACGACACCCCCAGAAAGUGGUCAGAGUUGGUGUCCUGAGAGACUCAAAGCGUUGAUAGUGGAGAGCGGAGCUGAAGCAGAGGAACUCCGUGGCAGCAAGGAGAGAGGGCAUUUGCAAGUCAACACCGCUGCCUCUUCCACGUGGUCUUUCCCCCUGCUCCGGAACUGGAAAUUGCACAAAUGAUUCCAGGAUCGAGGCAGUUUCUGGGAAAUUCAAGUCAAGAAUGUGUGGGUACAGGUUCAGCAGCUCUGAACCCCUCAACCUUUGGAAGGAGCCCAUAGUCGGGUUACUUUGGAAGACAGACAGCAGGGUGUGUAGAGCAGAGUAUUUUUAAAUAGGGGUUUUACUGCUGAUAGACCAAUGUGGCAGUGAAAUUCCGGUGAAAUUCUCUACCUGUGGUUGGUAUCACUGUCAAGCCCAGUGGAGUACAAUAUUUUAAAAAAUACCCAAGUGAUCAAGGGAACUAUAUAUCCCAGCUUUGUACGGUCCUCCAAUUGGUUGCCCCCUCUCCUGUCCCACUGAUAGAAGAGGCAAACAACAAGCUGGAUUAUUAGACUCCAUUGGGAUACUUUUGGUUUUGAAAGGUCUCGUUUAAAGAUUUUUCACUGAUGUUUUGAAUGGCUUUGAGUAACGCUGAGUUACGUGAAGCACUUUGAAACUGACUCAUAUACUGUAAAACGUGUAACACUUUGACACAUUGUCUUUGAUGGUACCACAUAGUUAAAUAGCAACUUUGAUGUAGAAGUUAAAUUGGCUAUUACCGGGCAGAUUCUAAUUGUAGCUGCUGUGUACAUGUCAUGUUAUGCAGAAUAACUCUAAUAGUCCUCUAUGUUUCAGAUGUUUAGAAGUAUAAGUCAAAAAGUGAUAUAGUUAAACUUCAUACAUUACAAAGCAAAACUAUAAUAUAGUAGUUUUAGAGAUGGUGCAUGGAAUUUGCACAUUUUACUUUUCUCUAGACAAUAAAGAAAUUGGGAUACUGUUCAUGUUGUCACCCAAGCAAUCACACUUCUCAAUCUUAAAUAAACAAAUUAAGAUAUAUUGUGUUUGCUCCAUUCAUAAAAUACCAGAGUGAGAAUUAGGACAGAAAAAUAUAUAAAAGCCCUCAUUGCAAAUCCAUGCACUGUCCCUUUUUGGUUGGUAACAUGUAUAAAAUAACUUAAGACAGAAAGCUGGUAAAUGCUUUGCAGUUUAAAGGACAGAAAAAUUCAAGAGAUGUACACGGAAAUAUUGUAGAUUUGUGAAUGUUUAUAUAGCAUUAUCAGGUGAUACUAUGUAAAUACUUUGAGACAGUUUUAUGUGAAUUAGAAUAAUUUGUUAAUAUUGUUUAUUUUCUUUUUCUUUUGCUAGUGAUGGAUGCUAUAUACACAUGUAGUGGGAUUGUACCGUUGUGGAGUUUCAACAUUAAUCUGUCAUUUUGGAAGUUGUUGUUGUUUAAAAAUAAAUAGUCUGUUACUUGCAUUGUAAAAUAUGUUUAAAGAAUGCAGGGCUGUGCAUGGGUGAACAGAAUAGGUCUAUUAAUCCAGUAUCUGGGUUUGAGGACUGGGCUUUACAGGAGAAAAAACAAAACAAACAUCACUGUUCACUGCAGCCCAACAGCGUACCUUAUUAGGGAGACAGAGAUGUCAGUUUAAUGCGAAAUUGCAGAGAAAACAUUUGAACAUAUGGAUAAUUGGAUCUGUAUUGAAUGUAAGAUUUAUUUUUUACUUCUAGUUCAUAACUGUCUUCUUUUGCUUCCUGCCUUUUUCUGAUUGAGACUUAUUUAGGAAGGAUACACUAAAGACAAUUUUGCUAUCUUAGCUCAACGCGUACAUCUAAUUGUAUAAUGCAGCAGUUUCAUGCAAUAGCUUGAACUGUUUUCUGUCACAAGUAUAUUGUAAGAAAUUUUUUUAAAACCGGAUGUAAUACAAAAAAAUGUCAUUGAAGAGAUCCAAUUGGUCCUUCUACUUUUUUAAAUUUUUGGUUAAUUGUAACCAGUGCUCCAGAUAAGUUUUUGGGUCAUUAAGCUGUCUGUUUUGGUUGAGCAAGAUGCAACAUUACCUUGAAGUCACGAGUACUUCCAAUAAAUACAGUACAUACUUUAAUGCUAACAGCCUUACAUUUGAAUUGUUACAUUAAUUUGAACUACUGUACAAAAACUUUAGUCCUGCCUUAAUAAUAUUGUAGUCUGAGUAGUUGCAAGUGAAGUUUUUUUUUUUUUUUAAUUGAAAACCCUAAUUUAUUGGUCAUGUGUCUCUGGCAAUUCCAAUGCAGGCUAUAGUUAGCUAUCCUGAAAUUCUUUAGCUACUGCUUGCAGUAUGUCAACAAUUGAACAUUGAAACGUUGGGAAACAACAAAGUACAAGAAGCUUGAUACCAUGCAAACUCAAGUUGUGCAGCAAAACUGCUAUGCGUAUUCGUACGCAUUAAAUUUAAAUCUGAUGUGAUAUUGUUUCAAUACAUAAAACACCCAGUAUGUAGCUUAUCUGGAGAGCUGAUGGUAACAGUUUUAAUUUCAUAAAAGGGACAAUGACUUGGUAUUUCUUAUUCUGAAAUUCUUGAAUUAAGCUUACAUAUGCAGGCUGUGUAAGUGGUAUUUAUUUGUUUGUUUUCUUUUGAGGUGGCCCUGUCUCACCUGAUUGGGUUAGACUGUCCUGUGAUGUAAACUACCUGGUGCAGAAUCUGAAUAUACCGUGUCAGUAUUUGUAAUGCAUGAUUACGAUGGAACACAAGCAUUCACAUUUUUAUUUUACAAAAAGAAAAUAUUAAUUGCCAGUGCUGAUAACAAAAUACUUGAUGAAACACAUUAAAAUAUAGUUAACUGUAUUUUUUGUUUUCAUUUUACUAACCUGCUAAAACCUAGAAAGCUACAAAUUAUAUAAAGAAACACAAUCCGAUUUAAGUUAUUUUAUAUCACAGCCCUGGUUGGCAAAAUGUGUUCUUUUCAUAGAUGUGUAGAUAGCUCUUAUGUACGUGGUUAUCUUUUUUUAUUUCUAAUUUACAUUAUUUAAAAUGAUUGAUUAUACAAUGUAAUGUAUUUGUCUAUAUUCUUUGUACACUCUUAACAUCAAAGCUGUUUCUUUUUUCAUAAAUGCACUCAAAUCUGUGUGUUUACAAACAAUCUUACAGUGCCUUUUUAUUUUUAUUACUACUUUUUCCAACAAUUUCUGUUUAUUCAUUGUGUUACAGGAGAUUGGUAUUGUGUAUUGCAUGUGCAUUUUUAGAGCACACAUUUCUUGACUUAAAACUAUGAAUAUGAAUUUGUGUGAGAGUCAUCACGUUCCCUUUGCUUUAUUUCUAAAUGUCAUUUCAUAGUUCUGUUUGUCUACAAUGGCAGUCACAAACCUGUUUUCAAUUGUGUGUGUGUGUGUGUCAUAUCUUUGAAUGUCAUAUUUAUGUUACUAUAGAUAAAAGCUCAAAACUCGCCAGAUAUAUUCUGUUCUUAAAACUAAAAGACUUGUACACGUUUAAAGUAUUGCCACCUUGUGCUCCUUAGACAAUGACAGGAUGUAAAGAAUUUGAUUCUGACUCAAUUAUUUUGGCAUGAUUAAAGCGUGCCUCUGUCAGUUUAUUACUUUAUAUUCACUGCUCGCUCUUAAACACCAAAGCUUUGAAGUUGAGUACUUAUUAAAAUCUAAUUAAUUAAUUAAAUCUAAUUAAUUAAAAAAUUAGAUUAAGAACAUAGAACUGUAUUUCUUCUUAGAUUUACUUGACAUGUUUUUAAAAAAAUCUUGCCUCUUUAAUUGUAGCGUUACAUUUUUUCUGUAUGUGCCAGUCUGUAUGUAUUGUGCAAAACUGUGUUUAUUUAUAUGUACAGUUACCUGUUUUGGAGACUACUUUAUUUCUGUUGACUUGAAGGAAAGCAAAUCAUAUUGUUACUAGAGAAAAUAAAUAAUAUAUGAAGUG